AGCAAGGAGGCAGUGAAGCAUCCAAGCUACUAAUGUUAGGAUUGGAGGUCAGAAGCUGUUCUACAGGGAGAAUGGGAAGCCUGCAGAUGGACUAAGCCAGAAGGGGGGUUGCUUUUGAUGACAAUACUAGACCUUGAAGGUGGACAAUCGGGUGCAGUAUGACAGGACAAACUGCAGGAGGCUGUGAGGGCUGCUGAAGAUGUCCGAUAGUCUGGAUAUUGAAGAGAAACCUCCAGCCCCUCCGUUGAGAAUGAACAGCAACAAUCGUGAUUCUUCAGCACUGAACCACAGCUCCAAACCGCUCCCCAUGGCCCCAGAGGAGAAAAACAAGAAGGCCAGGCUGCGCUCCAUCUUCCCAGGAGGAGGGGAUAAAACCAAUAAGAAGAAAGAGAAAGAGCGUCCUGAGAUCUCUCUUCCUUCAGACUUUGAACAUACGAUUCAUGUGGGGUUUGAUGCCGUCACUGGAGAAUUCACUGGAAUCCCAGAGCAGUGGGCCAGGCUACUACAGACCUCCAACAUAACCAAACUAGAGCAGAAGAAGAAUCCACAAGCUGUUCUAGAUGUCCUCAAAUUUUAUGAUUCCAAAGAGACAGUUAACAACCAGAAAUAUAUGAGCUUUACUUCAGGAGAUAAGAGCGCCCAUGGAUACAUAGCAGCCCAUCCUUCGAGCACAAAAACUGCAUCAGAACCUCCAUUAGCCCCUCCAGUUUCAGAAGAAGAAGAUGAAGAAGAUGAAGAGGAGGAAGAUGAUAAUGAGCCUCCACCUGUUAUUGCACCACGACCUGAGCAUACAAAAUCAAUCUACACGCGCUCUGUAAUCGAACCUGUUGCUGCACCAGCACCAGCUAAAGAAGCUACCACCCCCCAGCCUGAGAACUCGAACACAAACACGUUGUACAGGAACACAGACCGGCAAAGAAAAAAAUCUAAGAUGACAGAUGAGGAGAUCCUAGAGAAAUUGAGAAGUAUUGUCAGUGUUGGAGACCCUAAGAAGAAAUAUACACGAUUUGAAAAAAUUGGUCAGGGGGCAUCGGGUACAGUUUAUACAGCAAUAGACAUCGCCACAGGGCAGGAGGUGGCCAUCAAACAGAUGAAUCUCCAACAGCAGCCCAAAAAGGAACUAAUUAUUAAUGAAAUCCUGGUCAUGAGGGAAAAUAAGAACCCCAACAUUGUUAAUUAUUUAGACAGCUACCUAGUAGGUGAUGAACUCUGGGUUGUUAUGGAGUACUUGGCAGGAGGCUCUUUAACUGACGUUGUUACAGAGACCUGUAUGGAUGAAGGACAAAUAGCAGCUGUCUGUAGGGAGUGCCUGCAAGCGUUGGAUUUCUUGCAUUCAAACCAAGUGAUCCAUAGAGACAUCAAGAGUGACAACAUUCUUCUCGGGAUGGACGGAUCUGUCAAAUUGACUGAUUUUGGGUUCUGUGCUCAGAUCACACCUGAGCAGAGUAAACGGAGCACAAUGGUGGGGACUCCUUACUGGAUGGCACCGGAAGUGGUGACGAGAAAAGCAUACGGCCCCAAAGUGGACAUCUGGUCAUUAGGGAUCAUGGCAAUAGAAAUGGUGGAAGGAGAACCUCCGUACCUUAAUGAAAAUCCUCUCAGGGCAUUAUAUCUGAUAGCUACCAAUGGCACUCCCGAACUUCAGAAUCCCGAGAGACUCUCUGCUGUGUUCCGAGACUUUCUGAACCGCUGUCUUGAGAUGGAUGUAGACAGGAGAGGAUCUGCCAAGGAGCUUUUGCAGCAUCCAUUUUUAAAACUAGCCAAGCCUCUCUCCAGCCUGACUCCUCUGAUUAUUGCAGCAAAGGAAGCGAUUAAGAACAGCAGCCGCUAGCACUGAGGGCUGGCUUCACCCCACACCAGCUCUCUCCAGGGCAGGACUGAACAAAAACUCUGUAAAACCUCAACUCUUGUGCUGCAGGACAGGUGGGUAGAAGGACAAACAGUCACAGUCAUGAUGGGGGCCAGCGGUUCUUUGGUUCCCCAAGGAACAGAAACCUAUCAUGUGUCUUCUUCCUGCUCUCUGGUUCCUUAAUAUAUUUCUAAGAUGAAACAGGACCCAAGACAGAACAGAAAGGUAAUGGCUUUGCUAUCUAAGCUAUUUCCAAGGUAAAACAACUUGGUAGCAAGACCCCCAGUGAACGUUUUAUGCUUUACUUUUAAACAAUUGGUUGUUUCUUAAAGAUGCACAAUCCCAUUUUUGGGAUUUGGGGUUUUUUGGGUGUUUUUUGUUUUGUUUUUUGUUUUGCUAUGGCUUGGAAUUGCAGCGGAGUCCUGCAUUCAGCUCCUUCAGACGGUAUCAUCUUUUGAACACAGCCUGCUCUCUAGCAUUUGCCCAUUCACGGUACCUUUAGAUAAGGAAGAGAGUGAAAUUGUAUUUCCAAUCCAAAAAUAUAUCAAGAGCAGAGCAGAUGAAGCAUCCUUUGGAGAUGCAUACUUUUAGCCAUGAAUAUCUAGUGUUUGGGUCCCUGGCAGUUUGAUUCGUAUAAUUAAUUGUACUAUUUUUUGCCUUCGUGGGAUUUUUUUAAAAACAAGAAAAGCAAGAAGAUCAGCAAGUUUGCUCAGAAAGUGCUCGUCCAAUAGUACACUAUCAUCAAAAUGUCAAGUGACAACGGGCCCAGUCUAGCUAGGUGCCGAGUCUCUUUUCUCACAUGCUGAGCACCCAGAGCUCCCACAGAAGACUAAAUGAAGAGAACUAUCGCUGAAGGGAGCUGAGGAGGCUCAACCAAUUUGCAGCCAGCACUCAACACUGUGGGAUUGAACUGUAAGAACUACAAGACAACAGGCUAAGAUCUGCCAUCAGUUGUAUCCAGGCCCUGGCAGUCCUAUGGAAAUGAAUUAUUACCCUACCUAGGUUUGCAUCGGUGUAGAGGAGGGGCAGUCUUAGCUCAGUGAUAUUUUUAGUUCUGUAAACUGCGUUUGCCUGUCCUCAUGUCCACAUUGUAUCUGCUGAAGAAGGGUGUGUAGCAUCUCUAACAUUGCCAAUAAAUUUGAAGGAUCCAUUCCUAUGAACUCCUACCCAGGCGAGCAGUCUCUAGACCUGAGCAAUCCCACUGAAAUCAUGAGGACUACUUAUGUGAGUAAGGGCUUGCAGGAUUUAGUUCUGCAUGAGUGAGUGUAGCAGAAGCCGGAAGAGGAAAGGCAUCUAAAAAAAAAAGGCUUUGCAUAGUGCCAGGGCAAAGGCAAAUGUAGGAAGAAAAAUACAGACUGGACUACAUAUAUAUUCUUACAGCCAUAAACUGGGUCUGCUUUCAACUCGCCUCAAAGUGCACACACCAAACACCCUUUAAUGCAAGUGUGCACUUGUCGAGGGGAGACUAACUCCUGGAAAUGACUGAGGAUUGUGCUGACUACUACAUUUAUUUGUAAAGGAACAAAAUGGAUUAAUUAAGCAAUUUGUAUUUUAUUUUUACUCAGAAGUGGCAAAUUUGAGUCGUUUUCACUCAGCAAAGGAGUUUAUAUGGAUUUUUGCUGCUGUAUUUUAGUAAGAUGACUAAGCCAAAAUCCAAGCCCUUUGAAACAGCCCCUUGGAUUCUGGCUGUGGGUAGCAGAGAUCUUGUCACUGUUAGCAGAGCCUUCUAAUGCAGUUCAAGGCAAUUUCCCAUUGGGUGUGUCUACACGUGCAUUUAUGCUGGCUUAAAUGUACUGCGCAGUAAAUGGGAAUAGGCUGGUGUCUACAAGUGCUGGCAUUAAAGUAAAUUAAUGCUGUGUGUGGAUUGGCUUGGGACUAAAGUCAGUUCCAAGUCAGUCUACACUGACAGUGUUACUGCGCAGUAAGGGAUCUACAUGUGUGUUACUCUGCAGUAACUAAUUGGGCAUAAAUUUGAUACCUGCAUCAUGCCCAAAUUGGCAUAAGUCGCCAUAGUUACUGUGCAGUAUGGGCAUGCAUGUGUAGAUCUGUGCCUGUACUGCACAGUUAUUUUACGUUACAGCGCAAUAAAUGUGCACAUGUAGAUGCACCCAUUGAAGGCCUGAUGCUGCAAGGUGCUGAGUGUCCUUGCAAGGUGCUAGAUGUCUUUAACUCAUGGUCUAGUUAGGAGGAGUUUAUGGUGCUCAGCCCUUUCCUGGAUUAGGUCUUCAGCCCUUGUUUGGUUUGGGGUGUUAGUCCAGGUUUCCUAUUCUGUUCAGGUCUUCAUGUUGUGACUCUUCUUUAGUAUUGCCUACUGGCCAGUCCUCACUGUUUGACUGUUUUCUUUGAAGCUUGACUGAGGUAGCGGUAAUUAGUUUAUCAUAGUCAAGUGUUAAUUAACCUUUCCUGAAUCACCUGGGGAGCAGAAGAAGUUUAUUUAUUGCCACCCAAGCAAGAAAAGGUUCUUCCCCUCUUGUGAGGUGAUAGUUUUUUUUUUUUCCUUGUCAACCCAAGCUAGCUAUCCAGGCAAUGUGAGUUAAAGCUUGAAAAUCCAGUGGUUCAAGCACAGGAAGGCCCAUCUUUGUUGUGUAAUGAGUCAGUGAAUGCAUGAAAUGCAUUUGAAUUUUACACAAGUAGUAAAGAAGCGAGUGACAGCUUCUAUUUCCAGUGUAACUUUUACUUUCCUUAGCCACAAAGGUGCAUACAUCUGUCCCUUGAAAUAAAAUUGCUUUUUCCAGAGAGUCUCUGCCAGGCACAGAGUACAAAACCUUAUGCUUGAGAGAUUAUACUAUUUGAUUUACUGUUUUUCCAUAUUUGUUUUCUCCAGCCCUAAAGAUGUUGGCAUCUUCCCCAGCCCUAUCCUUCAAAGCAACCCCAAAAAGAUGAGAUGAUUUUUUUUUUAAAUGGUAGCUUCAUUUCUUCAGAACAGUGCAUACUCCAGUCUAGGAAAUAUUAUUGGCCCUAGCUUUUUAAUGCAACUGUUUUCAUAAGAGGCCUUAAUUUUUAUUUUCUUUUUUUAAAGUGUUUCUUUUAUUUUGCAGCAGCAAAUCCAGAGAUUUUACUAAAAAAAAAUAAUUCGUAGGAUACUGACAAGAUACUGUUGAAAUCCAGUUCCUGCCAGUGACUCUAUCCAGCAUGCAAGCCCCACUUGAGUUCUUUGUAACAGGGACCAAUUAGUUUACAUGCCUGCUAACAGGACCGGUAGCAUCCCUAAAGCCCUAUGUUUUGGGAUAUUCUGCGGCACUAAAUGCUGUGCGUCACCAGAUGCAGAAAGAUGGCAGCUGCUCUUACAGUUUCCUGAACUAGGAGGCCAACUUCCAAGUGGAAUACUAAUGCGGAAAGCAGUCUGGAGAGGGACAAACCUUGUACAUGACUUACAGGCUCAAGUAACAGCACAUUAGGAUAGGCAUUGCCCUUGCAGAAAGAAAAAGAAGCAAACAAAUCCAAUAAAUCUCUGGUACCAUCUUGAUUGCUGAGAGGCAUCUCCUAUAUAUUUUUAAGAAGUAUUAGAGAGAAGCUAUACCUGCUGCCAAAAGCAUAUAUAUAGAUAUAUAGAUAUAUAAGGAUUUACAUAUUGUACGUUGGUCAAAUACUUUCAUUCCAGGUUCUAAGAGAUUGGUUAUUUGCCUUUUUCUAUUUUAAUUUUCAAGUCAUAGUACAGUAAAGUUUUAUCUAGCUCUUGAAUAUUAUUCCAGUCCCCUGUCAUGACAAAGUGUGAAACAGGCCCUUUUGCUACCUGGGGAUCCAGAAGGUCCUGAGAAAGGAACAGGACAGCAGUAAAGUCAGGGAAGCUUGAGAAGCACAGUACAGAUUAUUUAUUUAAGAAAAAAGAAAAGGGGGUGGGGGAAUAAAAACCUUAUAGAUGUAUUAAGGCUCCUGCCUGCCUUCACAGGAGCCCAAGGAAUGACUGGAUCUUACAGUGCUCUCAGGUCUUGGUGGCAGGCUCGGGCAAUGGUGGUGUUAUCACCUUUCAAGUCUCGUCUGCUUUUGUAAAUAUGUGCGUCUGUUUUCCACCGUUGGCUACUGGUUGGCCAAACCUCAUUGUGCGCAGAUGAAUUUGAGUAUUUAUUUAAUCUUUCAUUUUUGUUGAUCAGGUUUCUUUGAGGCUAGCAGGUGCAUCUCAGCAUUAUACUUCUGUUAAAUAACCUCCCUGAUUUCCCUCUAUUCUGAAACAAAGCACAUUCCAGCCACUAAGAAAGGGAAACACUAAAUCAUAUCCUAUUGUUUGUGAAGAUGUUACUUCCAAUAUUUAGCCAGAGGUUUGACAACAUAAGAAAUAUUCCUCACCCCUGUACAUUGAGCAUGUAAAUAAGUGGAUUUCUUUGCUCAAUGAGUUCGUUAACAACUUGAUUCAUAGCCAGAGCGAAUCCAUAAAACCUACAGUUGAAGACAGGAGAAAAGUUUGCUUUGCUUGAAAUACCAGGACAUGCACAGUACAGCUAGAUUAGCCCUUGUGAGCCUUGUAAAGGCUCUUAGUCUACAUGUUUCACCAAUGGAUUGUCAGUUAUUCACAUGCAGUAACUUAAAAGAGGUGGGAAAAGUGACUCCAGCCCAGAAGGCAGAGCCUCCAGCUUUUCAAAUAGUUUUUUCUUUGGACUGGGCAAGUAUUUUAAUUUUUAGUCACCUGUUUUGAGAGAGACAGGGAAAGGACAAUCUGUUUCAAAGGAGACCAUUCUGAUAUCUCGCUUGGGUUUCUAUUGGUACCAUGUGAAACAACAAAACCCUUCCCUUUGCUCUCUUUGAUGUAAAAGGGUAGUCCUUUAUUUUCUCUCUUUGAUGUAAAGGGGUAAUUGCUUGGCUGAAGCUGGUAGAAGCUCACCUGCACCUUCCCCUGUGUAUAAAUGUUGUAUAGCCAAGAUAGCCUACUGGGAUUGUGUAUGAAUGAUGUGGUGGUGAAAUCCACUUGCUUUGGCCUGACACUGGACAUGUGCAUCUUUGGGAAUAGCGGCAGUCUCGAACACGAUGUUGUGGGAAUGGCGAGGAAGGGGAAGGACACUUAUACUCUUCACUCUGGUGCCUUCUGCUCAGUCAUUAGGGUCUAAAUUUGCAACUGUUCCUAUCCCUGCUUAGCUACUCUUGGUGAGCGAGCAUUCAGAAUCUGACCCUGACUAUGGAAACUGUGGACAACAUAACUCAUCAAGUUGAUUUAAUGAGAAAUUACCUUUUUAUUUAAUUUUGGUGCAUAGUGGCUUUGCACUUGAUGUUUUCCUAGAGGACUAACCGUGUCUGCAUUCCUGUUUGUAUACCAGAUGCUGCUGUUUUUGACCCAGGGACACCCACCCACUCAUGCUUAGUGCCCAUUUACUGCAAGGCAUAGCCAGCAACACCUGCUUUGGCCAGUUGUGUACUGAAUGGUCUCAAAAUAAACAGGAAAAUAGAAUUGAAAUCAGGAGCAAUGAAUGGUCAGUCUGAACCAGCAGUCAUGGAUGGAGUUCAGAAGGGGCUAGCACAUACUUUGAAACCUGAAUUUCACUUGCAGUCUAGGGAAGAGGAGGGUAUGAAUUUAGUGGUUCUUAUUGGUGUGUCCUCCUCACUAGCCUUCACUCUGUUCAGGGGCUCGGAAUAGCUGAAAAAUUAUUUCCAGAGAGAGAGAGAAAACAGAGGUUAUGUCUUGCCAUCACUGCUCUUUGUAAUCUCUUGCUUUUGACAACUCAAGUCUUUCUACUCCCUCUCUGUUCCUCCUGCCCGCAGUGGCUGCUAAACAAAACCUUGUAACUGGCUGAGAUAAAGUAGUCAGGCUUCUCAUUUCACCCCCUUCUAGACUGCCUGUUUACGGCAAGGCUUUAAAUCUGUCUCCUCAACCUGGAGAAUGGGUCUAUGGCUUCCAUCAUGUGUGUAGCCUCCACUAGAGCACUGCCUGCAGUCCCAGGCACAUUCCUGAAUCUAGGUCUCCUCAAUGCUACUGGCUGGCAUCAUAUUGUAGGAAGCACGAGGGAAUGAGGUCAGCUUGACUUGUUUUAAAUGAACAUCCUUUUGCUGCUGAAUGUUCUCUGUUUCACCUGUCCAAACUUACUGCAUACUUAGGGAAUAGAUGUAGGGCUCAGCUCACCUAUUAUGGAAGUCAGGAAGAGUUUUGCUGUUGACUCCAAUGGCAGUGUGACCUGGCACUUAAUUAGCAGGUCCUAGGAAGGCAUAGAUAUCUACGUUGAAUGUUACUUUGUGCUGGCGGCUGGAAAUUCUCCCCUGGCUAAGUAAGGAGGUGAAAGAGGAUCCUGACUUCUUUCUCUUUUUGUACGUGGUACAGUGCUUAACAGGUCAGAAUAGGCCAAAAACCAUGCCAUUGAGGCAUGCAAACCUUUUCCAUCCAGGCCUGCUAAGAUUUGACCUCUAAGCUUCCAGGUUACAAACAAAAUGCAAAUGCAGUCGCUUUUUGCUGCAAUGCUUUAGACUAGCACUAGGCAACGUUGGUAGAUCUUUCAAUAGAAUAUUGUUGUCAACCACAAAAGGCAAGUCGGCUCUUCUUGAUGCAGCUCUGACAAGUGACAAAGGCCUGGCGGGGAGAAGAACUAAUGUUGUGAGUACAACUUCAGUCCGGUGGCCGCGCUAGGGUGUUCUUUUAGAGUUAUAUACAUGGGUUCAUACUGCACAGCAUGUGUGGGGCACACGCGCAUGCUCCAUUCUAGUAAAGUCUGGCAAAAGAAUUCUGUGACCUUUAACUCUUUAACUGGUGUGAGUUUUAACCAGCUCUAAGCUCCAGUUCAACUGGUUUACAAUGAUACUGGUGUCUGCUGGAUUUUUCUUCAGGGUAUCCAGACAAAUGUACACAGAGGAGGAUCCUACAUUUUCAUUGUUUAUCAGAAAUGUAUCUCAUUUUGCUGUACAUUCCUUUUUUUAGGACGUGUUAUCUGUUUAAAAAAAAAAAAAGAAAAGAAAAGAAAAACAAAACAACGUGUAGUGAAAUUCUUCUGUAACUUUGGAUUAAGAGGUACUUAUGAGCUUUUUAAAAAGAGAACUAAGUUAUUUACUUUGUAAAUGUGCUGAUGGCAUGGAUCCAUCUUACUGACCUCAGCAGCCAUUUAUUUUUUUUAAGAUUUUUUUUGUUUCUGAUAUUAAGUUAUUUUAAAUUGUGGUUGAAGCAAUAGAAAAUUGAAAUAUGGAUUGUGCAUGACUGUGUCUUGAGUGUAAAAAUAUUGCAGUUUGAAACUUGGACCUAAAGUAUUGCAAAUAAAAGUUAUAAAUACCAA